AAACAAGACUGUCAUUAUUCAGUACUUUGUAUAUUUACAUAUCACAAAUAUGUAAUACAAAGUUUUAGCGUGUUGUUUUAGAAUUGAGAUAACUAGUUUGAAAAACUAGCUAGGUUUGCUGUGCUUAUAGAGACAGCAAAGGCAAUCGUUUUUACUUAUUUCGCCCCUAAGUUUACUGACAGAAAUCUUGUCGACCCAACCAUUAAAGUAAUUAUCAAUAUAUUGCAUUAGUAUUUGAAAUGCCCCGGUGUUUUUUAACAACUAUGAGGGGAAAAAAGUGUUUACGCAUCAAGUAGCAGGUUCUAGAAUGAGCAUCAAGUUCGGUUGAGGAGAUGCGGAGAGGAGAGUGGUCCAGCCGUGAGUCACAGCCGUGACGCAGGCAGAGAGAAGACAAGGCGCAGCAUCCUCUCCAUCCUCCAUAGCACUACAACGACUGACAAAAGAGCGGAAGAGAAGUCGCGAUUUUGAGGCUUGUUAUCAGGCCCAAACACAUAAGCAGAAUGACUAAAGAGGAGACUUCUGAGGUGGAAGAGGCCCAGCCGGCCUCUGAGUUCAUCAGCCCUGCUCAUGAACCCCGCAAGAAACCCAUAGUGCAUCCAUCUGCACAGGCUCCACUGCCCAAGGACUACGCGUUUACCUUCUUUGAUCCAAAUGAUCCGGCCUGCAUGGAGAUUCUGACAGACCCUCGGACCACAAUCCCAGAACUGUUCGCCAUUAUCCGCCAAUGGGUUCCACAAGUUCAACACAAGAUUGACGUCAUAGGCAAUGAGAUAUUAAAGCGAGGUUGCCAUGUGAAUGACCGUGAUGGCCUGACGGAUAUGACUCUUCUCCACUACUGCUGCAAAGCAGGAGCUCAUGGAGUGGGUGAUCCUCAGGCAGCGCUUCGGCUGUCCAGUCAGCUGAUAGCUCUGGGAGCUGAUGUGAGUCUACGCAGUCGUUGGACCAACAUGAACGCCCUCCAUUAUGCGGCUUACUUCGAUGUGCCAGAACUGAUUCGUGUUCUGCUCAAAGCCUCCAAGCCUAAGGUGCUCAACUCCACCUGCAGUGACUUUUAUCAUGGCACAGCCCUGCACAUCGCCGCCUCCAACCUCUGUCUCGGUGCUGUCAACUGUCUGCUGGAGCAUGGAGCCAACCCUACUGUCAGAAAUGAUAAGGGUCAAGGCCCUGCUGAGGUUGUUCCUGACCCCAUGGACAUGAGUCUAGAUAAAGCAGAGGCCGCCAUGGUGGCUAAAGAGCUGAAACAGUUGCUGCUGGAUGCAGUGCCGCUCAGCUGUAACCUGCCCCGCGCCACCCUGCCCAACUAUGACAACAUCCCCGGCAACCUCAUGCUUUCCUCCCUGGGCCUCAAACUAGGGGACCGUGUGCUGCUGGAUGACACAAAGGCUGGCACCCUCCGUUUCUGCGGCACCACUGAGUUUGCUAGUGGGCAGUGGGUUGGUAUUGAGCUGGACGAGCCAGAGGGCAAGAACGACGGGAGUGUGGGUGGGAUCCGCUAUUUUAUUUGCCCCCCAAAACAAGGCAUCUUCGCCCCUGUGUCAAAAAUCAGCAAAGCUCUUGAGCAGACCCCCUCUUCAGUCACCUCCACGCCAAAAACCCCUCGCAUGGAUUUGUCUCGUGUAACCGGCAAGAUUAAAAAAGAGAAAAAAGAGAAAGAUAAGACUUCAAGAAAGAAGUCUUUGCCCGGGGUGAGUUUGGAUCCUGAUGGAGUCAAGGUUGAGGUUGGGGAUCAGGUGUUGGUGGCAGGCCAAAAGCAAGGGAUUGUCCGCUUUUUUGGCAAGACAGACUUUGCUCCUGGAUAUUGGUUUGGUGUGGAGUUGGAACAGCCCACUGGAAAGCACGAUGGCAGUGUAUUUGGAGUGCGUUACUUCCACUGUCUGCCCAAAUAUGGGGUUUUUGCACCACCAUCCCGUGUUCAGAGAAUUGCAGGGCCCAAAGACCCUCAGAGUGAUGGGACACUAGUGAAGAAAGUCCACCAGGUCACUAUGUCCCAGCCGAAGCGUAAUUUUAAUGCGAUCCGUUCUCCAAAAGACAUAACAUCUGAAAGUUCCAUAUCCAGGUUGCUGUUCUGUUGCUGGUUUCCCUGGAUGCUCCGUGCUGAGAUGCAGUCCUAAAUCCACUGGUUACAUCUUUAAUUCUAUCUCCCCCUCUUUUUCUGUUCCUCCUCAAGAUAAAAUCUCACCAACUCUGUGUAUUUCCAUUAUUCGUAUGUGCUUCUCUUUGUGAACUACCCAGACGGCUGUCCCGCCCCUUUGACGGUAACUCAAUAGCAAAAAAAUAGUGCCUUGUCAAGUAACUAACAACCUGCAUUCCGAUGAUUGAAUUAUAGACAAACAAUCUUUUAUGAAAUCAAAAUAAGGGAAAAUCAUUCCUACUAAAAGCCAUUCAUAUCUCUCUCUCUGCUUUUUUUUUUGCUAAACCACUGUGGGUAGAUUAAUGGCAGUAUUCAAGCAAGAUAAUACAGUCAUAAUCCACAAGCAAAUAGGCUUGUGCAUCAAUUUUUAUUUAUAAAGGUGCUUUUUUGUUUUGUUUGUAAAUGUGCUGCUGUAUUAUGUACCUUUGCUGUCUUACGUUACAGUAUUUUAUAGCAUACAGACUUUGAUUUCUAAGCUUAAAAUGCCUUUAAGUGAACUAGUAGGUGACAUUAUUAGUAAACAUAAAAUGUUUCAUUGUAACUGUAGUCUGAAAAUACUGAUGCUGCCAAGAGGGGUCAUCUACAGUAAAACUGUAAGCAUAUAGCUUAAAAGAUAUUUAUAUGUUGCAUGAAAUAAGCAGGCAUGGGCACGUUUUUAGGUCAUAAACUGAUCUGAAAUGAGGCGGGAGGCCUGCUUUAGAUAUUAUAAGCUAACAAAUCACAUUUCAUUUAAUUAAAAUCGACCAAAGCGCAAGCUCCAUGAUAUAGCAAAAGCUAAAUAAUCUCUUACUUGAGAAUAACGUACUAAGAACCACAUCAAUAAUGCAACUCUUAAAAGGAGGCAUGUUCAUUCUUGACCUUUCAUAAAAACGAGGUGAUAAUAAGCAUUUUUUGUUCAUUUUAUAAACCUAAAUAUCCAUAAGGAUCACAAUCAUGUUCCUCUCACCAAAAAAACAAAAA